AGUACAGCCACGUCAACAUAUUUGUCCAUGAAAGGGUUAACAUGACGUCGGGUGCAUAGUAUUGGAGAGCGUCAAUGAAUGAGCGAUGGAGGGCAAAGACUCGCUGUAUCCAACUAUAUGUCAAGCCAAGGACACCAGCGUACCAAAUUGAGUGUGGGACUCAGAGCUCAAACGGCUACUUAGGUUCUCGCGCGGUUUCCAAUAUUCAGUGAGGAGAAUAGAAACAGCAAAGGCUUUUUAAAAUAAUUUAUCGAUUUAAAACGAUAUGGUAAAAGGAGAGGACGCGGAGCAAUAUGCCGCGGCAAGUCUAUUACCAACAAAACCAAUAAGUCAAGAUGGAAUCAAAAUUGCCAAGCGGAGGGAUGACAGCGGUCGUCUGUCAGUGUGCAGUAAGUUGUGCUAUGCCAUCGGAGGGGCUCCCUACCAGAUCACAGGCAGCGCUCUGGGCUUCUUUCUCCAGAUCUACCUGCUGGAUGUGGCCCAGCUGGACCCAUUCUAUGCCUCUAUCAUCUUGUUUGUGGGCCGGGCCUGGGAUGCAGUGACCGACCCAACGGUGGGCUUCCUGGUGAGCCGGAGCAGAUGGACCCGGUGUGGCCGGAUGAUGCCCUGGAUCCUCAUCUCUACUCCGUUUGCGGUGCUCACCUACUUCCUGAUCUGGUAUGUCCCUCCGGUGGAGCAGGGGAAGGUGCUGUGGUAUCUGGUCUUCUACUGCCUCUUCCAGUCUCUGCAGACGUGCUUCCAUGUGCCGUACUCAGCACUCACCAUGUUCAUCAGCACGGACCAGAAAGAGAGGGACUCUGCCACUGCCUACCGUAUGACAGUGGAGGUGCUGGGAACAGUGGUUGGCACAGCAAUCCAGGGGCAGAUUGUGGGCGGGGCGAUCGCCCCCUGUCUCCCGGGUGACCUGGAUGUCCUUGACAACGGUAACUCCACACUGCUGGGGUCAGACAUCAACAUCUCCCACAUCUCCCUGGAUGAAACGAAACAAGCUUACCUCAUCGCGUCAGGAGUCAUCUGUGCCAUGUACGUUCUCUGUGCUGCAGUCCUGUUCCUGGGAGUCAGAGAGCAGGAAGAGUGUGGGCGUCUGAAGACGGAGCCCAUGUCGUUCUUUGAAGGCAUGAGGAUGGUGAUGGGAUACGGGCCGUAUAUCAAACUGGUCAUGGGAUUCCUCUUCACAUCGCUGGCCUUCAUGCUCCUGGAGGGGAACUUUGCCCUGUUCAUCACCUACACGCUUGGCUUCAGAAAUGACUUCCAGAAUAUUCUGCUGGUCAUUAUGCUCUCUGGGACUUUGUCCAUUCCAUUCUGGCAGUGGUUCCUGAUCCGAUUCGGGAAGAAGACUGCAGUCUACAUUGGCAUCACGUGGGCAGUGCCCUUCAUGAUCCUGAUCGUCUGUAUGGAGAGCAGUCUCAUUGUGGCCUAUGUGGUCUCUGUGGCAGCGGGAGUCAGUGUGGCUGCAGCUUUCCUCCUACCUUGGUCAAUGCUCCCAGAUGUGGUGGAUGAUUUCAAAGUGAAGAAUCCAGACUCUAGCGGCCACGAGGCCAUUUUCUACUCCUUCUAUGUCUUCUUCACCAAGUUUGCCUCAGGAAUAUCCCUCGGCAUCUCCACUCUCAGUCUAGACUUUGCCGGCUAUGUGACCAGAGGCUGCUCGCAACCCGACGCUGUGAAUUUAACCCUGAAGGUGCUGGUCUCUCCUGUUCCUGUUGUUCUGAUAUUCCUGGGGCUGUUUAUAUUCAAGACCUACCCCAUUGACGAGGAGAGGAGGCAAGGCAACCGGAAACUACUGCAGGAGAUGCGGGAGAGCGAUCAGGAUUCCGAGACAGAGUCCACAGAGCUUGGGAGCGUUGUAUAGGAGCCCCGGGAGAGAAGGGCGACCAACCAAAAGGCCACCACUGCCCAGCGUGUUUGCACUGGCAGGCUGGAGUGAUGAGGCCACCGGGGAGGCUGGACCAAGAUUGUGUGUUUUGGGUUUAACUGGAUUUAUGGAGGAGAAACCACAGAACACAGGAUUCCACAGGCUUACAGAGACCCCUAUUGGACACUCUGAGUUAUCGCUCUCUCUGUAGAGUACCUACUGUACUAUGUAUGUGAUUUGUGGUACUGGUUUAUCUGUCUGUUUGUUUACAUUACAAACAUUCAUUUGGGAUUUUUUAUCAGGCAUUUACCCAUCAGCAGCCUUUCUCUGCACUAAAACAAGACUUUCCAAUCAGCAGGAUGGUCCUCAUAGAGGGAAGAUUUCAGCAUUCAUUUUUUAGGGCAUAUCAGUAACUUGUUCCAUCUAGACUGGAUUUAUAUGGUUAUGGUUAUUUUUGUAUUGAAAUAAUAUUCACUUAUUUCAAGAGAAUAAUACACCUCUUUAGGGAUGUGGAGAGCACUGUUACAAUCUUAUCCACUGGAAUUAUAUUUGUGUCUCAUGGGGAAAAGAUAAAAGGAACCUUGUAAAAUAAACUCUAACCUUAAUGAACUCAUUGACAUUGCCAAUAAUGUGUCUGGAUUUCAGACUUACUAUAUUUAGGCUAGCUGAAUUCUACCUUUUAUAAUUACUGGCUUAACAGCACGUCUUGUACAGUUGUACUUUGUAAACCUUGUAGUUGCAAGAGAUUUUCUGUAUAACAGUUUUAACUUAAUUAUAUUUGGUAAAAGUUGUUUCUCCCCCACGAUACUAAGACUUUCCUUAAAAAGCAGAGUCUUUCUUGGCGAGUCCAAAGGCUAGUGGGGAGGCUUUCUAACAAGUGACUAUCUCUGUUAAAGUUAACAACUUAUCUCACGCCUAACUUAAUGUUUGGACAUCUUAGAGGCCAUCUUGGCCCAAAGCACAGAAUUUUCACUAACUAUUAAAACUAGUUAUGUUUUGAUGAAAGCACACAGUACUAAUUUGGCAAUAAUCAUUACAGAUUAAUCAAAUUCUAUAUACACUCAUCUGAAUAUGGAUGUGCACAUUUUGUACAGUUGUGUGUGCGCGCAUGUGUGUGUGUGUGUGUAUAUAUAUACACAGUAUAUAACGUGUGUGUGUGUUUGUGGGUUUCGUUGUAUGAUCAUCAGAAUGAUUAGGUGACUGUCAUCACAUGAUAGGCUGAUUUUGAAUUUCAAAAAUCUUUAACUUGUUUACCUUAUUUAGAAGUCUUGUCUAAAGAUAAUGUGUCAGUUGAGGCUGUGUCCUGAUCUUAUGCUGUGUGCAGUGUGACCAACAAUCAGUUGUAAUGUUUGUAUGAAUCUUUUUGAUCAGACCAAAGCCAAGUUUUCUAUUUAUCAGACAAAUCAAUAUUAAGAACAAAUGUUUUUUUACUCUUGAAUGUCUCAAGUACUGUAAUAUUGAACAACUUUGACAAAUCCUAAGCAGUAUCUAGAUAUCUAAAAACAGAGUAUUUUCUUUGGCUAGUAGCCUACAAUGGGUACAUAACCUCUUAGAUGUAAAAUCCCCUAUUUAGGUGACCUGCGUGGUUCUGGGACAUUUUAGCUUAUAAAUCGAUCUGUGGACACUGUAGAUCGAAAUGGCUUGCAUUGAGCGAUAGCACUGGUUCCCACGGACACAGUAGCCUGUGCGACGUAGGAUGUGAAAUCUGAAACCACUUGAAGCUGGGAUGUCCCUCCUAGCAUUUCAUUCGCUCUUCUGAAUGUUCAACUCCUGCCUGAACCCUACAUCACAAACACUGACAAAGCACAUACCUGCAAUCCUUAUAUCGUAGCGCAGCAGGAGACAGUGGUUUCAUCACUAUAGCACAUUCAGAGAUCGAUUUAUAGCAAUUAAUCUAAAAUAAUUCAUAGAUUUUAAACAAACACACUGUCAUAGAUGGACAAGAUACAUAUGAGAUGAAAGGCGCGUUCCUAAUGAGUUCAGGAAGCCAAGCUAGAGCUCUGUGUGAUGUUCACAGCUGUGGGGGCAGAGAGACCUUUAGAAAAUAUGCACAUUUUCUCACACUAAACAUACAAAUAUGUAUUUUACAGUUAUAAGGAAGGUGAAAUCUUACAGCUAUUGGCUUUAUAAUUUGAUUAUACUGUAUUUAUAAAGCAUAAGUCAUUUCAAGCUUUAUUCAUACAGUUUUGUUGAAUAGGAAAUAUGUCAUAUUUUCAGCAAAAUUGUACUUGAGCUUGUGUCCUCAAAAGUGACUAUACCUCAGCAUUUUUAUUUAUUUUUUAUGACCAGAAAGUUGAGAU